CUACGACGCGCACAGGCCUUUUUCAAACUUUGGUCGACGCGAUCGCAUACAAAGCGCGAGUCUGUUUUCGUGCAAAAUAGAAUCCGCGACUGUUUCGAAUGGCAGGUAAUUCCGAUUUUGCGACGCAUCACUGAAAUGGCUGUGAUCCUGGCCGCGCUGCGCCCGCCGACGACGCCCGUGCGCCGCCACGCCCGCCGACGUCAGUGCCACAACUGCCUACAGAUGUUCGUCGAGUACAGCGAGUGCGAGCCGAGCGGCGCGUACACCCGCCUGACGCUUCUCGACGACGACACCCCGGUCUACUGCUCGAGCGACUGCCGCGCCACUGCGGCGAUCCUGCACAUCCAAAACACGUGGGCCCAUGCACAUUGCGCCGGCGCUGACUAUGGCCUCGCUCGCCACGCAAACAGUCGUCUUGCUGCCAAGCCGGACGGCGGCUCGAGCCCACGCGCGAUCCCGUUCCGGCGCUGGUCCUCGGACGCACGGGACCCCGACUCGCUUCUCUGACGCACCGUCGCCUGCUUAUCUAUGAUCGUACCAUUAUUAUUUCCAUCCAACACGGUCGGCCGGCGCACGUUCUUCUUGGAUGUUGCACGGCGCAAUCUCCGAAGAAGCGGGAGCCAGGUCGACCGGCGAAUCGGCUUCCGAUCAACUUCAACUCGGUCGCAGACGUGGUAUACGAGGUGACACGGAUUCACACCGGCUACCGCAUGUCUUUGGCGCCACACGGGAGCGAGCGUACGACGAUGCGCGGAUCUUUGAUGUGGCUUGCCUUCUGGCCUGGAAAGUAAGGCAGUGGAUAUUGCCCCAAAAAGAAAGAAUCGUUGAUUUGAC